GGUUUUCGCGCGAAAAGUGCACUUUCUUUUCCCCUGCGUGCGUUGUACAGUCAACAGGAGAGACUUUAGAAACGAUUCAAUAUUUUAAUAUUUUAGUUUUAAUCAAGUGAAAAGAUGGAUCUUGUACAGCCGACUCAGGAGAAUGCGGGACAGAUGGUGAAGGACGAGUUGGCAGAGAAAUGCCAGAAGCUUUUCCAGGCUUUCUUAGAAGAGUAAGUGAAAUAACGACAUGAUGAUGUUAUUAUUCUUGCUGGUACAUUGUUUGCUUAGCUAGCUAUAGCUAUCUAGCAGAUAGCUAAUAGCUAUUGGAUAGCUAGCAAAACUGUAACAUAUAGCUAGACAUCAAGGUUAUGUCUGGAUUUACUUUAUAAAUAUUGUGCUAACUAACUAUUUUUAAUGCAUUUUACCAAGUUUUUGGAACUGUUGAAACCUAAAUAGCUGGCUAGUUUACAAGCUAGUUGAAGUUGGCUAACACGAUGUGCAUGGCUAACAUAUCCAAUCUAGCUUCAUACAAGUCUUUUAUAACCACAGUUAUACAUCAGUUAUACAGUACCAGUCAAAAGAAUGAAUGAGUAGGUGUGUCCAAACUUUUGACUGCUAGUGUACAUCAAAAUGGGAUGCAUACAACUAAUAAAACGGUUGUAUUUUUGUGUCUGUGUGUGUAGGUACCAGACAGCAGACGGUGAGGUGAAGUAUGUCCAUGAUGCUGAGGAGCUGAUCAGGCCAGAGAGAAACACUCUGCUGGUCUCCUUCACUGAUCUGGAAGGAUUUAACCAGGAACUGGCAACCACCAUCCAGGAGGAGUUUUACAGGUAGCUACAGAUCUAGGAUCAGAUUUCGAUUCCUCAAUCCAUCAGAGGAGGCGGCGCAACACUCCAUAAAAUAAAACAGUGUGAUAUUUAGGUCAUAGACCUUUUAUAAGACCCUCCCCAAACUCUAACAGAGCACUUAGAACCUUUGUGUGUUAGUGUUGUUGAAGAUCUUAACGUUACUAUGUCCAGCUAACAAGCUCUCUAUUCCUCUCUCCUUCUCUUUGUACUUGUAUCUCUCCCCCUCUUCAGAGUGUAUCCCUUCCUUUGCCGUGCGGUGAGGAACUUUGCUAGGGAUCAUGGGAAUGUCCCUGUGAAUAAGGAGUUCUACUUGGCCAUUCAGGACCUGCCCACCAGACACAAGUAAGAGACAUAUACCUGAAGACAAAUGUUUCAAGUCACACAAAUGGUGUUGUUGGUCUGACGGGUUCUGUUCUCUAAGAUGUUUUGUGUGUGAUCUGACAAUGUUCCUUUUGUGUUAUAGGAUCCGUGAGCUGUCCUCCCUGCGUAUCGGCUCUCUGGUGCGGAUCAGUGCACAGGUAGUGAGGACGCACCCUGUACACCCAGAACUGGUGAGUCACACACUGUAUACCCAGAGCUUGUGAGUGAGGCCGAAUGCUUCCUAAAAACUCUUGAGAUGUUUUACAUCUGUGUCUGAUCCUCUCUGUUAUGCCUCCUUCAGGUGAGCGGGACGUUCCUGUGUCUGGACUGCCAGGGGGUGUGUCCAGACGUGCCCCAGCAGUUCAAGUACGCACCGCCCACCGUCUGCAGGAACCCCGUCUGCAGCAACCGCGCUCGCUUCCAUCUAGACACACAUCGCUCCAAGUUCAUCGACUUCCAGAAGGUAGACGUUUACAUUUUUUGUUGUUUAGCAGAUGCUCUUAUCCAGAGCGAUUUACAGGAGCAAUUAGGGCACAACGACAGAUUUUUCACCUAGUCGGCUCGGGGAUUCUGUCAGAUAUCAUCUGAAUAACUUUGUCACCUUAACAACCUGGUCCCUUCAGAAUAGUAGGAAGGCACGCAUGUGAUUGUGUCAGUAAUGUUACGUGUGUGUGUCUGAGUCUGAAACUUGUGUGUUACACGUGUGUAUGUCUAACCUCUGUGUGUGUGUGUGUGUAGGUGCGUAUCCAGGAGACCCAGGCAGAGCUGCCCAGAGGGUCCAUCCCCCGCUCGCUAGAGGUGAUUCUGAGGGCCGAGGCUGUAGAGACGGCCCAGGCCGGAGACCGCUGUGACAUCACUGGCUCACUCAUAGUGGUGCCCGACGUCUCCCAACUCAGCACCGCAGGUAUGUACAUACACAAACAAAAAUACACACUGGCAUGACACGUACACAGGUCAUACAGACACACAACAGGACUCAUUUCCCAUCUCUCUCUAGGUGUGCGAGCAGAGACCAGUUCCCGUGUAGGAGGGAGACAAGGUUAUGAGAACGAGGGCCUUCGCGGUCUUAAAGCCCUGGGAGUCAGAGAGCUGUCCUACAGACUGGCCUUCCUUGCCUGCCAUGUGGCUCCUACCAACCCCAGGGUACGACACACACACUCACCCAAACCCCGAGACACACACACUCGCCCAAACCCCGAGACACACACACUCGCCCAAACCCCGAGACACACACACUCGCCCAAACCCCGAGACACACACACUCGCCCAAACCCCGAGACACACACACUCACCCAAACCCCGAGACACACACACUCACCCAACCAUCGAGACACACACUCGCACUACCUCAGGCUACAAACUGGUAUACAUAUAAUGCAUGCAUGUACAACAUUUGUUUGAAGGGUGUUGUAAUGGUGUUUGUGUGUGUAGUUUGGAGGAAAGGAGCUGCGUGAUGAGGAUCAGACAGCGGAGAGCAUCAAGAGUCAGAUGUCAGUUCAGGAGUGGGAAAAGGUGUUUGAGAUGAGCCAAGACAAGAACCUCUACCACAACCUCGGCACCAGCCUGUUUCCAACUAUACACGGUCAGUACUACACUGUUACUACUGCACCACUGCCAUAUUACUACCACAACCUCGGCACCAGCAUGUUCCCCACCAUACACGGUCAGUACUACACUGUUACUACUGCACCACUGCCAUAUUACUACCACAACCUCAGCACCAGCAUGUUCCCCACCAUACACGGUCAGUACUACACUGUUACUACCAGAGCUAGACAUUCUGGUACAUUUGCCAGUGGCAGACCGUGCCAGUACCAACUGAAAACUACUGGCCCAAAUGAGAAAAUUACUGGCCCGGGCCAAGAUUGACAUUUUAGUCAUUUAGCAGACGCUCUUAUCCAGAGCGACUUAAAGGAGCAAUUAGGGUUAAGUGCCUUGCUCAAAGGCACAUCAACAGAUUUUUCACCUAGUUGGUUCGGCGAUUCGAUCCAGUGACCAUCCGAUUACUGGCCCAACGCUUUUAACCACAGGAAAGCAAGUUGUGCUCGCAGAAUUUCAAUCGUGGGGGAUUUCAUGUUUAAUUUGCAGCCUGGACAAGCAUCUUAUAUUAUAGCCAACCAUAAAAUCGGAUAUUUACACUGAUUGCUUGGAAAACAAAAAUAAAACCAUCCCCCUCUCAAUGAUGACAUAUAAGCUAGACUUAAAACAUUAAACUGUUUAAAAUGUAAUAUUCCCCUCCAGAAAUUAGCUCAAUUACAUUGAUGAAAAGCAAGAUCUUUAGGUACAUGAUCCAUAUUAUCAGGCAGGUGUGCUAUUUUAGGAAUAAGCAUUAUCACCUGUAGCCUGAUGCAGCAUGGUAGCUACAUGGCUGAAGCAUGAUCACCUGUCGGAUGCAGCAUGGUAGCUACAUGGCUGAAGCAUGGGGUUGCUCCUCUACAUUGUUUACCACAAUGGGCUAAUCAUUAGCUAGAACACAGACUCUAAAUAUAAUUAUGUUGCUUGUUUAAUGUCCCAAAAAAACUCCUGUGGGCACUAAUAAAAUCCUGUGAUUUUUUUUAAUACAGUGCAAUUGUGUGAAUUCUACAGUGAAUACCCUUUAUGCAAUAAAUCAUACAAACUGGAAAGCUGGGAUCCCGCUCUUUUCAAUAAUUGCCAUCAAAACUGUUGUCUUUUCCCGAGAUUGCAUUUAGAAAUGUUGCGCCGUGACUGGGCUUAUUAGAACACAUUUCUUUCCACGCAGCAAUCAGCUGUGUGAGGAGUUGCGCGCUCUUGCCAGCUGAUAAAUAAACAACAGCUUCGGGGAUUAAUCUGUUUUUUAAACAAUUAUAUAGACUACAGAAUAGCAUUAGGGCCUAUUACAAUAUUCAUUAUAUAACUAUAGGCCUACGUAAACCUCCUUGUUAAUAAUAACAUUGCUGUGUAGGAUGUCUGAUAGGAAAAAAAGACUGAAAAGCAGGUGGAGGACCUUUUAUUCUGUGAUUGUGGCAUGCGCGUGCCAAUGUUGAACUCUGAAUUGAUGGGCUUCCCGCCUCUACUGAGACGGGUCUGGCGCGAGUAUCCAGGACGUAGCCUACUGAGGCAGGGCUCACUCGAAACGGAGGCUCGACAUUCUUUCCUCCGCUUGGAAACCGAAUGGUUGAUAACAAGUGUGAAGCAUCAGACGUCGGGAAGAUUGUGAAGGAUUAAAUACAAAUAUACAUGAUUAUUUUCUGUUUUGGAGUUUGAAAAUGUCUACUGUAGGGGGCGGCAGGUAGCUUAGUGGUUAAGAGCGUUGUGUCAGUAACCGAAAGGUCGCUGGUUCUAAUCCCCGAGCCGACUAGGUGAAAAAUAUGUCGAUGUGCCCUUGAGCAAGGCACUUAACCCUAACUGCUCCUGUAAGUCGCUCUGGAUAAGAGCGUCUGCUAAAUUACUUAAAUGUAAAUGUACUGGCUCAAGCGGCCAUAUGAAAGUUUGAUUAAUUGGCCCGGUGAGCUCAGCUGAUGUUGCCGGGCCAGUGGGCAGCCCUGAAUGUCGAACCCUGACUACUACUGUAUCCUACUACUGCACCACUACCAUAUUACUACCACAACCUCGGCACCAGCAUGUUCCCCACCAUACACGGUCAGUACUACACUGUUACUAUUACUAUGUUAUUACCACAGCCUUUGCAUGUGGUAUUCUGUGUGUGUGUGUAUAACGUGUGUGUGUGUGUAUAACGUGUGUGUAGGUAACGAUGAGGUGAAGCGCGGUAUCCUGUUGAUGUUGUUCGGGGGUGUUCCUAAAACCACCAUGGAGGGAACGUCUCUCAGAGGAGAUGUCAACGUCUGCAUUGUAGGAGACCCCUCUACCGCCAAGAGCCAGUUCCUAAAGUAAGACCUCUACACCCUACACACUUACACACUACACCCUCCACACUUACACACUACACCCUCCACACUUACACACUACACCCUCCACACUUACACACUAUACACUCCACACUUACACACUACACCCUCCACACUUACACACUAUACACUCCACACUACCUACCUACAUGAACAGUGCCUUGACUUAGGCUAUUCCACAUUUUGUUGUGUUAUAGCCUGAAUUCAAAAUGGAUUAAAUAUACUUUUUCUCUCACUCAUCUACACACAAUGAUGAAGUGAAUACAUAUUAGUUAGAAAUUUUCGAACAUUUAUUGAAAAUGAAAUACAGAAAUAUCUCAUUUACAUAAAUAUUCACACCCCUGAGUCAAUACAUGUUAGAAUCACCUUUGGCAGCGAUUACAGCUGUGAGUCUUUCUGGGUAAGUCUCUAAGAGCUUUACACACCUGGAUUGUGCAACAUUUGCCCAUUAUUCUUAAACAAAUUCUGGUUGUUGAUCAUUGCUAGACAACCAUUUUCUGGUCUUGCCAUAGUCUUUCAAGUAGAUUUAAGUCAAAAGUGUAACUCGGCCACUCAGGAACAUUCACUGUCUUCUUGGUAAGCAACUCCAAUGUAGAUUUGGCCUUGUGUUUUAGGUUAUUGUCCUGCUGAAAGGUGAAUUCAUCUCCCAGUGUCUUGUGGAAAGCAGACUGAACCAGGUUUUCCUCUAGGAUUUUGCCUGUGCUUAACUCCAUUCCGUUUAUUUUUUAUCCUGAAAAGAUCCCCAAUCCCUAAUGAUUACAAACAUACCCAUAACAUGAUGCAGCCAUCACUAUGCUUGAAAAUAUGGAGAGUGGUACUCAGUAAUGUGUUGUAUUGGAUUUGCCCCAAACAUAACACUUUGCAUUCAGGACAAAAAGUGAAUUGCUUUGCCAUAUUUUUUGCAGUAUUACUUUAGUGCCUUGUUGCAAACAGGAUGCAUGUUUUGGAAUAUUUGUAUUCUGUACAGGCUUCCUUAUUUUCCCUCUGUCAAUUAGGUUAGUAUUGUGGAGUAACUGCAAUGUUGUUGAUCCAUCCUCAGUUUUCUCCUAUCACAGCCAUUAAACUCUGUAACUGUUUUAAAGUCACCAUUGGUCUCAUGGUGAAAUCCCUGAGCGAUGUCCUUCCUCUCCGGCAACUGAGUUUGGAAGGAUGCCUGUAACUUUGUAGUGACUGGGUGUAUUGAUACACCAUCCAAAGUGUAAUUAAUAACUUCACCAUGCUCAAAGGGAUAUUCAAUGUCUGCUUUUUAAUUUUUUACCCAUCUGCCAAUAGGUGCCCUUCUUUGCAAGGCAUUGGAAAACCGCCCUUGAGUCCAUGCAACUUAUUAUGUGACUUGUUAAGCAAAUGUUUACUCCUGAACUUAUUUAGGCUUGACAUAACAAAGGGGUUGAAUACUUAUUGAUGCAAGACAUUUCAGCUUUUCAUGUUUAAUGAUUGUUUUUGUUUUUUGAAAAACAUAGUUCCACUUUGACAAUAUGGGGUAUUGUGUGUAGGCCAGUGACAAAAUCUCAAGUUAAUCCAUUUCAAAUGCAGGCUGUAACAACAAAAUGUGGGAAAAGUCAAGGGAUGUGAAUAUUUUCUGAAGGCACUGUAUGAGAUUCCUCAAUGUCAGAAAGCAUUCCUCAAGUCAAUCCCUCCAUCCUGUAGCCUACACACUUACACCUCUACUCACUUGCACCCUACCCGUCUAACCCUCACACAAAACCAGCGACACAUCCCCCUAUACCGACGCUACACCCGUACACUCUCAGGCUUAUAGCCUUCCACCCUGUCUCCUCCCUCAGGCAUGUGGAGGAGUUCAGUCCCAGGGCUGUGUAUACCAGUGGGAAGGCCAGCAGUGCAGCAGGUCUAACAGCAGCCGUGGUUCGAGACGAGGAGUCACACGAGUUCGUCAUCGAGGCCGGAGCACUCAUGCUCGCUGACAACGUGAGUGUGUGUGUGUGAGCUGAGGAUGGUGCAUGUGUGUGUGUGUUUUGUGCUUAAAGUGGUGUGUAUUUCUCUUUGUCAACAGGGUGUGUGUUGUAUCGAUGAGUUUGAUAAGAUGGAGACCAGAGACCAGGUGGCCAUCCACGAGGCCAUGGAGCAACAGACCAUCUCCAUCACUAAAGCUGGAGUCAAGGUACACACACAUACAUGCUCACACAUACACCAGCGCCAUCACUAAAGCAGAAUUGAACACACACUCUAACCCUCCCACUCCUCCAGGCCACUCUGAAUGCCCGUACCUCCAUCCUGGCGGCUGCUAACCCGGUCGGUGGUCGCUACGACCGCAGCAAGAGUCUGAAACAAAACGUCAACCUGUCCGCUCCCAUCAUGAGCCGCUUCGACCUCUUCUUCAUCCUAGUGGAUGACUGCAACGAGGUGAGUAAGAGAGAAAGAAAAUGUGUGUGUGUGUGUAAAAGAAAGAUGUGACAAACUAUGCCACAGCGAGGCGUUUAUAUAUGUGUGUGUUUAUACGUACUAAUGGAAUGUGUGUGUGUAGGUGACAGACUAUGCCAUAGCCAGGCGUAUUGUGGAUCUGCACUCUCGCAUUGAGAACUCAGUAGACAGACUCUACUCUCUGGAUGAGAUCAGAAGAUACCUGCUCUUUGCCCGGCAGUUCAAACCCAAGGUCAGUGCUGUGUGUGUGUGUUUCAAGGGUUCAGUGUCUUGGUGUUUCUGUGCUGUGAGUCCAAUGGAGCAGUACUAACAUGUCUGUACAUUUGUGUUUGUGCAUAGAUCUCUGGUGAGUCGGAAGAGUUCAUCGUGGAGCAGUACAAACGGCUGCGUCAGCGUGACGGCUCUGGGGGCGUGGCCACAUCGGCCUGGCGAAUCACGGUGCGGCAGCUGGAGAGCAUGAUCCGCCUUUCUGAGGGCAUGGCCCGCAUGCACUGCUGUGAUGAGGUAAGAGGUCAAACAACUUACACACACACAACUCAAUCACACUGGACUCAGCUCUCAAAACAUGUGUUUCAAGUUUGGUUCUGUCCUGAAGGAUUGAUAAAAUCUGCUAGUCUGUCAUAGAUUGUGUGCUAAUACAUUGUGUAGGAUGUUCUGUCAUACAGUGUGCACGUUAUUUGUUGUUUUCUGCAGGUCCAGCCGAAGCACGUCAAGGAGGCAUUCCGCCUGCUCAAUAAGUCCAUCAUCAGAGUGGAGACGCCUGACAUCAACCUGGAACAUGACCAGGAGAUGGAGGAGGAAGAGGAGGGGGAGAACGGUACACACAUACUACUACUACUACUACUACUACUACAGCUUUACAUUAGUUAUUUAUAUGUUAUACAGCAGGUGUGGUAGUGAAACCUCUUUUCUAUCUCUGCAGGUCAUGACAUUCCUAACGGAGUGAAUGGCCAGGUUAACGGGCAGGUGAACGACCACACCAACGGAGUUACCGGCCAAACCAACGGUGUGAAUGAUCACGCUGACAGCAGCUCCAAGCCCUCGCUGCGCCUCACUUUCCCAGAGUACCGCCGCAUCUCCAACCUGCUGGUGCUGCAUCUCCGCAGGGCCGAGGAGGGUAAGACACACACACACACACUACAUGUGCAAAGUGUGUAUUGCAGUGGUUAACUGUUGUUUACCUGUGUGUGCAGCUGAGGAGGAGGAGGAGUUGAAGAAGAGUGCAGUGAUCAACUGGUAUCUGAAGGAGAUGGAGUCAGAGAUCGACUCAGAAGAGGAACUCAUCAACAAGAAGAGCCUCAUAGAGAAGGUCCUACACCGACUGGUGCACUACGUAAGUACACACACCAUGGAGUCAGAGUAAUAAGACAUUUACAAACCUUACAUCCAACAGACAACUUUACUAACUCUCUUUCUCUCCAUCUCUAGGAUCAUAUCCUGAUAGAACUGUCUCAGGGGGGGCUGAAAGGGUCAGAGACAGAGACACAGGAAGAAGUUCUGGUCGUCAACCCCAACUACACUCUGGAGGACUAGACUCAUCUCAUCCCUCCUUCAAUCUCUCCUCCCCUCCAACCCUUUUCCUCCUCCUCCCCUCUUUCCAUGGGUUUAUGUCAGACGCCAAUUCAAGACUCUUGAAGCUGUUUUUAUUGAACAUUGAUCUGUGUAAUGACGUUUUAAACUUUUGGUAAGGUUUCAUUUCAUUCCUGCUUUAUAGAGUUUUUCUCGACUCUAGCCUGUUUGAAAACGUUUAUUUGUAUUAUUGUUGCCAGGGGAAUAAUGUAAAUAUGUUGCUCUGAUUUCUCCAGAGCAUUUGCUGGCUUAUGGCUGUUGAAAUGUGUGCGUCUCCUCAGUUAACUUGAUGUUAAUCCUCUGACUGUACUUCCCAUGUUAAAUGUAUGCAUACAAAAAAAUACACACAAAUGAAAGUCUACCUUUGAUGCAUAUGUUUUGUAUACAAAAAUACAAAAGUGUUAUAGCAUGUGGAAAAAUGCUUCCCCAUUAAACAAAGAGAAGAAUAAUCAAAUGUUUGAUGCUGUUAAUGCCCUCCCUGUGGCCAGUGGUGUUUUACUGACCUUAUUAGAUAUGUCUCUGCAUCAUAGCUGCUGUGUGAAUCGCUGUACUGUACUGUGCAGGUCUAGUCAUUUAAUAAAGGACUGUCUUCUCCAUGCGAUUCACACAC